AUGGCAGAUGAGCUUCCUGCAUUGUUGAAGAGUCAGCACCAACAGCUUCUCAAUCGACUCGAUGUGCUCACAUCCAGAGUCGAGCUUCUGUUGGACGACAGGGUCCUGGAGGGACCAGCCUUACACAUUAACUCCGAAGAGAGUGACCUGGAUUCUCUACCUCAUGGCCAGUUGCUUCUCCCACCUCAAGACGAGAGCUGGGCAGAUGAUCAGAGGGGUGUUUCAGGCCAGGAGACGCCACUAAGGUCAGGGCAGGCAACACCAGUGAAGGGACGCCGAAAGGCCGUUCACGACUACGAAGAGGCGAAGGAAGAAGGCCAUCGUGUGGACACCCUCAAGAGAAAAAAAUCUGCUGAUGCUGCUCUGACGACCUCUCAGCGAAUGGAAAUGGCACACGUCUGUCAGCACUGGGCCGAAAGGAUAUCCAAAUCUGUGGCCUUCAAUGUGGCGGUAGCCUUGGUGAUUAUUUCGAACUCUAUCUUUCUUGGGCUGCAGCUCGAAGUCAGUGCUCAUGACCUUGAUGGCUCCACGGCAAGAUGGUUCCUGUUUGGCCACUUCUGCUAUGCUGUUCUGUUUACGGUGGAAAUGCUUAUUCGAUUGACUGCAACUGGGCCUCAUGGUUUUUUCUGUGGUCCUGACUUUGCAUGGAAUUGGCUUGAUACGUUCAUCGUCAUUCCGGCCUGGAUCGAGCUUGUUGUCGAUUUUGUGGAACUGCAGAACAUGGGCGCUGGCACAUCCAACAGCAAUUUCCGCAUCAUCCGCGUUUUCAGAGUCACCCGUGUGCUUCAAGUGAUUCGCUCCGUCCGACUGGUUCGCUUCAUCAGCGCGUUUCGGGAGCUAGUGAUCUCGGUGCUUGACACCGUUCGCCAGCUUGUGUGGGCAGUGCUCCUGCUCGUGUUGGUAAUUUACUCCUUCGGAGUACUGUUCACAGACGCAUCCCUGCAGUACAUGGAUAGCAAUGAAGCCAAUGCAUCCGAGCCACAUCUCCAAAAGCUUCAACUGUACUUUGGUGGAGUUUAUGCAUCCAGCAUAACACUUUUCAGGACGCUGUUGGCAGGGUUUGACUGGAUCGAGGCAGCGGAAGCUCUGUCCCCAAUGGGUUUAUGGUGGGUUCAGCUUUUUCACAUCUACGUGGCUUUCGGUGAUUUUGCGCUUCUCAACGUGAUUACUGGGGUCUUCGUGAACUCCGCCAUCAAGACUCGGGAGAGAGACCACGAAACGCUCAUGCAGCACGUGCAUGCAUUCAAGCAGCUGGUGGCCAAAUUGUGGAAGAAGAUCGAUUCCACGGGCCUCGGGCAGAUCACCAUUACCGAGUUCGAGCAGAUUUUUCAAGACGAAGACUUGGUGGCUUUCUUUGCUGCCAUUGAGGUUAGUGCAGUCGACGCUUGGACUCUGUUUGACAGCCUGGAUGCGGAUGGGGACCAUUUGAUCAGUUACGAGGAGUUUGCGCAAAGGUGUCUCCAACUGCAUGGCACAGCACGGUCUGUCGACUUGUUCGCCCUCAAGCAGCAGACCGAGAAACUCGAGGAUCGGUUGGAGAGCAUCUACCAGGCGCAGUCCGAAACCAAUGAAUACCUCCAUGCAAUGGAGCGCAGCAUUGGUCAGACUCGCAGGUUGCGCAAGGCUCCAGGACAGAUCAAGUGGACAGCCGGUGGAGAACAGGUGGAGGUCAGAAUGUGA